AUGCCCCGAACGAACCAUGCCGGAUACAAAUGCCCGUUUGUUCCAGAAACGGACGGUAUCGACUGGUACGCGAUGCGACCGGGCCUUGGGCUGCAUCCUGGAUCCCGACGGCAUGCAUGGUCAUGGGCCACGGGCGACGACAUGGCCGACAGGCUGCUUCCCGGCACCAAUGCGGGCGACAACAGUGCAUGCAAGGGCAGGGGCCUUGGCAAUGCUUGGAGUCGACUUGCGCCGAGUCCGCCGCAGGGGUUCGGGGUGGAGCUCGGAGUUGGAAACGGGAGCGCCUUGCGCCUGUCCGCCGCCCGUGCCAGGCGCUGCGCCGUCAAGAUCGGAGAUGGGCGGCGCGAGAAGCCGGUGCCGGAACCCAAGAAAGGGCACGAGGACCUAGACGUCUCGGUCGUUGAGCGAGCAAGAGGCCGCGGUGCCGCUCGCAGAGGCAACUGUCCUCUCCAUUCUCGACAUCACGCAAGCUACGACGGGUGCUAG